AGCCAAGAACAAGAUUUUGAGGAAAUCAUAACUAAGACAUUGCAUUUUCUUGGUAUAUAUGUUAGACAAGAAUGCUUGUCAUAUAGGAUUUAUAAUUAUCAUAUAUUUUGCCACAAACAAAUAUAUUAAUUACCGCAGGGGUUCAGUCUCAUGCUAAAAAUUUUAAUAUGUUUUCUGCAAAAGUUCUAAUUUUCAUCAAGUGUGACAUGCAGAUCAUAAAAAUGUUCCACAGAAAAAUCCAUCCUGAAAGCUCUGAUGCUGAAAGAAAGCUUAAAAAUUCAAAGGAGUGUAAGGUCAAUAAUACUCCCCAUUAUGGUUCAUAUAUUGAGCAAGGCAAGAUGCAUCAAGACAAAGACAAUUGCAAGUUCUGUCAGAGCUGUAGCUCACAGGAAGGAAGACGAGGAUACAAGACCAACUCAAAACAGCCACAGAACAUGCUUGCUGGCAGUAAUUCAAGUGGGAAUAGGGAGCAUUGGAACAGAACAGAUGCAAACUACCUGAUAUUGGAAUUGGAGUGAAGAUGCUGCAACAAAGAUAUGGUAGCCAUCAUCCUUCAUGGGUAAGAGCUGUCAAUCUGAUGCCAUUAUCUAGUACAAUCUGUGUCAUUGUGUGAUCCUGAGUGAAUGUAGUGAUAAACUCAAAAGAAAGAGGAAGAAUAUGAAGCAGACUCUAUUUUAUCUCCCUCAGUGAAAUAAUAAAGUUCGGCACUAUGUAUUAUUACAUGGGUAUCCAUGGGGUUAUUUUGUAAAUGUGAAAGCUCUUACAAAGUAAUGGAAAUGCUUGCACAUUUCCCAAUAAAGUUCUGCACUAAGU